AUGUCUUCUGCUAUAGCGAGUAUCAUAUUUCCAAGCCUUGGGUCGUGGACUCUGGCCCUCUCUCCGGAACUGUCUCCGGGGCCCUUAGGCCCGUUUUUUACCUUUUCCGUUGACCGAUUUCACUCGGUUCCAGCCCGUGUCCUUUUUACUGCCGGCGCUAUUCCUCGAGGCUUCCGUAGCACGUACAACUUCGCCUCACCUGAAGACCGCCUAGGCUCUGAUUCCCAUGCUUGCGGAUAUUAG